AUGCUUUUAGGAAGUCUUACGGUUAUUUUGUUCCAAAUCAUAAGAUCUUAAGAUUGCAUAGAGUAGGAUGACGCUGAAUAAUAACAGUUUUCAAUAUCUUUGUCAGAUGAAGAAGUAGUUUACCUUUAUUUUAAUGAACUUGAUUAUUCUUCUACUUCAUUCAACAUUUGUUCUAAUAAUAAAAUUGACAAUGUUAAUGUAGUUGUAAGCAUGAAACUAAUUUAGUAUGUUCAACAUCAAAAUCAAUGGGAAUAUGAUGUUCUGUUUUUAAAACAAUAUAAAACCACAAAAAAUAGAAUGCCUCGGUAAUCUUAAUUGAUCAUAGGUUAAUUGUAAAUAAUUUAACAGGCGAAGUUUUAUUAGGAUAAGGAUCCUGAAAUUUAAAUUGUCUUUACUUUGCAAGAUUAAAUCUACAAUUUUGUAGUGAUGGAUACUGUGCUUAUAGUAAUUUAAAAUUGGAGGAAAAUCUUAAUAAAGGUUUAUCCAAAAAUGAUCGAUAGGACUGAAAUACCAAUCGCAUGUGCCUUAACUUCUUUAGUAGACUAAUUAAACGAAACCAUUUUUAGCAAUGGCCAUAACUAGAUAAAUGCCAAUAAUAAUUGGCAAAAGAAUAUGUGCCCUUUUUUAAAACUCGAUUAUAAGUGUGAAAAUCAAUAAUUUGGAAGAUAUCAGGAAGUUUUAAUAUUGCAGACUUAUCAAGAUUAAACACUAACAUUCAGCAGUGAGAGAACAUUAUUCGUAAUUGAUUUAGUCUCAAAGAAUAGUGAAUGCUUAUCUUUUCAGGAAAUUAUUCUCGCUUAUGAUUACGAUUUAAAAACAAAGAAGUUCGUAAUAGUCCAUGCUAAUUAAAUAACAUAUGAUGGUGAAACAUAUGGGUUAAAUCUUAGGGUUAAAAAGGCACAAGUAUUCUUGACAAAAAGUUUUAUCCUUUUAGGAUCUGGAACAGAGGUUACUAUCUUCACAAAAAAGCUUCGACUCAUUAGUACUACAGAUUUCAAGAGAAACUUUUAAAUCAUUGCUAAUCAAUUGUAAGAUCAAUUUAUUAUGGCUGAUAAAAAUUAUAUUUUCAAGUAUUUGCUUUAUGAAACCCCUUUCUUUGAAAUUAAUACAAAAUAACAAAACGAUGUCAACUUGAUAUUUGAAAUUCAAGCCGCAGAUGCUCUAAAGAAUAUAGUAAUACUAACUUAAUCAGAUUACGACAUCCAUGUUAAAACUCUCAAUAUCAGUAAGACUAUAGAUGUCUCAACGAUAUAUCAAAGUCGUCUACUUAAAUUUCAGAAAUGUCAAUAUGAUAAAAUUCUCAUGGGAGCCUAAUAAUUUAAUCAAUACAAUAAGUUGUCAAUUCUUUUUACUUAUCAACUAAGAAUAUUCGAUUUAGAUAGUUUUAAAAUUAUAUUUGCUUUUUCAAGUUCCUAUAUCUUUUUGGGAUAGAUCGAUAAGGGUAAUUUGAAAGUAUUUAAACGAUAUUCAGUAUAAGAUGAGGUCAUCACUAAAUUAAAUUCAGCAUUUUAAAUCCAAGAUAAUAAGAUUAAUUAUAUUCAUUGUACAUACAUUUCCUGCUACUUCUAUCUGGAUGUAAUGAAUACCUAUGAUUAAAAAAAGGUGAAAAAGAUUGAAAAUGGUCAAGUGCAUAAGGUUGUGUCUGAUAACAAUCACUUCUAUUUAUUACUACCCCAAAAAGUAUUGAUUUACAACAUAACUGAACAAGAGACAACUCAAUCAGAUGAUUUGGACGCAACAGAUGUCGUGAAUAUUUUUGCAUCUCCAAAAAAGAAGGAUUUUUUAUUUGUCUAAACUCAAAAUGGUUCUUUAUGCCUAUAUAGCAUAUCGUUCCCCUUCUAAGAUUUGAUCAGCAGUUUUUCUCUAAAUGUAACUUAAAUACUUGAGUUUGUCAUCUUUGAGGAGUAUUUUCUAAUUUUUACAACUGAUUCAAAGGAACAAACUAUUUGCAAUGUUUAUAAUUACCAAAAUGAAUUAAAUAUCUUUCUGUAAAGAAAAUUACCAUUGUUCUUUUUUAAAAUGAUCGAUUUUAACAAUCUACAAGUUGAUUAUGACAAAAAUAUUCUGUAUAUUAAAGGGCUAUUAACAACAUCAAAUGAGCAUGUUAUAGUAGCAUAUAGAGUUGAUAAAAGAAUCGAAUAAUCUAUGUAAUUUAUUACAAAAUUGAAAAGUCAAAUUGGUUUUGUAUUGCCUAUUUCAAAUAGUAUGACAUUGAGAUUUGAAAAUAAAUUCAACUUCACUUCAAUUUAUCAAAACGGAGACUUAAGGGAAACCUGUCUAAUUGAUAAAUUUCUAAAUGAGGACGAUUAGGAAGAUUAUGAUGAUGAUGAUGACUCCUCCUCUGAUUCAGAUAGUGAUGCAGACUAAGAUGAUACUUUAUCUUUAGAUGAGAGCUAUAAAUUUUCUUCAAGUUCCUUUAUCAGCAUAUCCUCUGCUGGCGAACUGCUAAUUCUAGGGAUGCAAUCUGUCUAUGGCAGAAGAAGACCUUAAAACAUUGAUAUUUUUUAACCUCUCUGA